AAAAAAGCACAGAGGGGUAAAAAAAACAUGGAAGGCAACAGAGACGAAGCGGAAAAAUGUAUCAAUAUAGCGGUGAAGGCCCUCGAAGCAGGAGACAAGGAAAAGGCCAUAAAAUUCCUGAACAAAGCGGAGAAAUUAUUCCCGACUAACAAAGCGAAAGUGUUGUUGAAGGCGUUGUUGAAGAAUGGCAGUUCUGCAGGUAACGGAGGAGCGUAUCACAGAAAGUCAGCAAAUGGCACCGAGGCGACGGCGACGUCUUCACCACAACAGAGACAGGACUCGACGAACAGCGACUUGUCCAAGAGCUUCACCAAGGAGCAGGUGGAAGGAGUGCAGAGGAUAAAGAGCUGUAAGGACUACUAUGAGGUCCUGGGUGUCAGUAAAGAUGCUAAUGAGGAGGAUCUGAAGAAAGCCUACAGGAAGCUGGCACUGAAGUUUCAUCCAGAUAAAAAUCACGCUCCUGGAGCUACGGAGGCCUUUAAAAAGAUCGGGAAUGCGUACGCAGUGCUGAGUAACACAGAGAAGAGGAGGCAGUACGACGUGAGCGGAGGAGAAGAGCCCAGCAGCUCGGCACACAGCGCACACGGAGGAUUCGAGUUCCAUCGAGGCUUCGAGGCCGACAUCACGCCUGAGGAUCUCUUCAACAUGUUCUUCGGAGGCGGCUUUCCUUCCUCGAGUACAUUUGCUAACAGCCGAGAUCGAUACACUCAGCAGACGGACCACACGAGGAGGGAGAGAGAAGAGAGAGGAGAUGGAGGCUUCUCCAUGUUUAUUCAGCUGAUGCCGAUCGUGGUGUUGAUCCUGGUGUCUGUUCUCAGUCAGCUGAUGGUUUCCACCCCUCCAUACAGCCUCUACUCCAGACCAUCGACAGGUCAGACGGUAAAAAGACAGACCGAGAACCUGCAGGUGGAUUAUUACGUCACCCGAGACUUUAACUCAGAGUAUAAGGGCUCAGCGGUGCAGAAGAUCGAGAAGAGCGUGGAGGACGAUUACGUGUCUAACGUGCGUAACAACUGCUGGAAGGAACGACAGACAAAAACAGACCUGCUGUACGCCGCUAAGGUGUACAGAGACGAGCGUCUGCGCAGGAAGGCCGAGCUCAUGACCAUGGACAGCUGUAAAGAGCUGGACAGACUAAACGAGCUGUUUCGUGGUGGAUGAGCUUCACUCUGUACAGACUCUUAGCACAUAGAUAUGACAGAAUACACACACACACACACACAUAUAUAUAUAUAUAUGUCACAAAUGUAAAUGUUUUUUAAGGAAAGAAAUCAGGACGUUAGGAGAGAAAACAUACUAAAACGUUAAUGUCUAAUGUACUGUUGAUCAUCAUCAUCAUCAUCAUCAUUGUCGUGACUCUGAAUUCCUGACACAAUUUUACCUCUAUUCUAACGCGCCGAAGGAUAACGGACCGAAUCCCUAACGCUCUCGUCUCUGCUGCCUCUUCCUUCACACUCCUGACCUCAUGUUACUCUUUUUAAAGACUGACGCUCGUGACGGAGGCGUAGCUCAACUCCCACAAUCCUUAGCAGCGGCAGCUACGCGAGUCGUAAACGCUUUUAGCUCCUUUUGCUAGUCCACGGCGGAGCACCGCGAUCGUCGACGGUACCGUCAGGAAGCGGUUUGAGAUGAUGGUUUUCUCCUGAAGUCACGGUUCUGCUGGAUGGACCACUGAGCCAUUUUAAUCCAUGUUGUUGUACAUUUUAUUUCUGAAUGAAAAUAUUCCAAGAUAUUUAAGUCUCUAGAGAAUCGAGAGAGUUCUUCGUUGCUCGACUAAUCGUUUGAAUAAAGUUUAAAUUAUUACUGAUUAAACGGACAA